CAGGGGCUGCGUAGAGAGAUCGGUCGGUUCGUAGAGGGUCGGUUAUAUUUAAAGUGUUGCUUGGACUUGGUAGAUAGCAGUUUGUAUUCACUGCAUGCUUUGUUGUUGACCUGCGUAACCAACGAGCCACGGCCAGGAGAGGCGUAUCUUCAGUUCCACUCUCGGUUCUUUUGCUGCAGAUUCACAAUAAAACAUGGCAACAGAAUGUCAGGCGUGGCUUAAUGAUAACCCUGUAGAAAACAGCUCCUUGCUCUCUAGCGAUGAUGAAAAGGUUGAAACCCUAAACAUUGAUGACGAGAUCAAUGGGAACUGGAUCACAGCAACCUCAUCCACCGUCCAUGAGGCUCGGGUGAAGGCCAAAGCAAAGAGACGCCUCCGGAAGAACUCGUCUCGAGACUCCGGGCGGGGGGACUCCCUCAGCGAUAACGGGGACAGCCUCCGAGCUGUGCCCGUCACUCCCACCAGCCCCAAGGGAAAGUUGCUGGACAGAAAGUCCCGGUCUGGGAAAGGGAGAGGUCUGCCAAAGAAAGGUGGAGCAGGAGGUAAAGGGGUUUGGGGCUGUCCUGGUCAGGUGUAUGAUCUUGAAGAAGUCGAUGUCAAGGACCCCAAUUAUGAUGAGGACCAGGAAAACUGUGUAUAUGAAACUGUCGUCUUACCCUUGGAUGAAGGAGUCUUUGAGAAGACUGUGACACCAAUUGUCCAGGAAUACUUUGAACAUGGAGACACAAAUGAAGUUGCGGAGCUGCUGCGUGAGCUGAACCUGGGUGAGAUGAAGAGUGGCGUGCCAAUGUUGGCAGUAUCUCUUGCGCUGGAGGCUAAAGCGAGCCACCGAGAGCUGACAUCCAGACUCCUGACUGACCUGUGUGGGAAGCUGUUGAGCACAGAUGAUGUGGAGAAAUCGUUUGACAGGCUCCUCAGGGAGCUGCCAGAGCUGGUCCUCGACACUCCAGGGGCACCACAGCUUGUUGGUCAGUUCAUUGCGCGGGCAGCUGGGGAUAAGAUUCUCUCCAGGGAUUACAUCGAGAGCUACAAAGGGAAAGUGGACUGUGACCAUGCUAGAGCUGCUUUGGAUAGGGCAGCAGUACUCCUCAAAAUGAGUAAGGGAGGACUGUGGGGAACAGGAGGAGGUCAGCGACCUGUCAAUCAGUUAAUGAAAGAGAUUGACCUAUUGCUGAAGGAGUACCUGCUGUCAGGUGAUGUAGCAGAAGCAGAGAGGUGCCUGCAGGAACUGGAAGUGCCACAUUUUUACCAUGAGUUUAUCUAUGAGGCAGUGGUCAUGGUUUUGGAAUCCACUGGAGAAACCACAUUUAAAAUGGUGCUGCAGCUACUGAAAUUUCUGUGGGAGUCCUCUGUCAUUACUGUAGACCAAAUGAGAAGGGGUUUUGAAAGAGUUUACAUGGAAAUUCCUGAGAUUAACAUAGAUGUGCCACAUGCCUAUUCUGUGCUGGAGCAAUUUGUGGAACAGAGCUUUAACGCAGGUGUUAUCAACAAAAAACUGAGGGACCUUUGCCCAUGCAGGGGACGUAAAAGGUUUGUAAGUGAAGGAGAUGGUGGACGCCUUAAACUUGAAAGCAACUGAAGAGAAGCUGCAGAAGCCUCUGUGCCAGCUGUACUUGAACCCUUAGAGUAAAAAGGCACUUUCCUUAGAUUUAUUUUUUUCUUUGGGGGCUGGGGUUUUUAAAAGCACACCCAAGUGGUGUUUUGAAAUACGCUAACCCUGUUGAAAGAGCCACACCUUCAAUUACAUCAUCAUUCCAUGUUUGUAUUGCCGUCUCACUGCCACUCGUUUUCCUGACAGCAUUGUGUUUGUAUGAACCACUGGUUUGUGUAUAAAGCUUUAUAUUCGGGGUAAUGCUUUGUGCUGUGUAGCACAGCCCCACCUCCUCUGUUGGCUGCUAUUGUUCAUAUGCUGUGCUUAAGAAAAAAAUACAAAAUAAAUUGUUUGACAAAAAUGCACUGUAGUUGGAAUUUAAAUGGCACAAAACAUUUUCAGAAUAAAAUAAACAAUUUAUCUUUCAGAUGUGAAGUGGUGUUUGGAACAUCUAUUUUUGUAUUUUAAAAUAAGCUGGAAAGUGAAAUGGAACUAUGGUCUUGCUCAGUGUCAUUGUCAAGAAAAUUAAAUUUCUAUGAAGUUUAACAUUUUGUUUGUAG